GCUCGGCGGCUGCUGUUCAUCGCCGCCCUCCUCCCCAGCCCGGGCUGCAGAAAUGGAAAAUUCAGGAAUAGUUAUAAGUAGCUGUAUCUCUCAAGAGGAUGACAGUCGCUACAAUACGAAGCAACAGGCAUCAAUCUCUCAGGAGCUGCUUUUAGAAGACCAGAUGAGAAGGAAACUCAAAUUUUUCUUCAUGAAUCCUUGUGAGAAAUUUUGGGCUCGGGGUAGAAAACCAUGGAAGCUGGUUAUACAGAUUUUGAAAAUUGCAAUGGUGACAAUCCAGCUGGUUUUUUUUGGGCUGAGCAACCAGAUGGUAGUUGCCUUCAAGGAAGAGAAUACAGUAGCCUUCCAACAUCUCUUCUUGAAAGGGUACACAGACCGAAUGGAUGACACCUAUGCCGUGUACACACAAACAGACGUCUAUGACCAGAUCUUCUUUGCCAUACAACAGUAUGUGCAGCUCCAAAACAUUUCCGUUGGAAAUCACGCCUAUGAAAACAGGGGAGCUAAACAGUCUACCAUGGCAAUCUGUCAACAGUUCUACAAGCGAGGCAGCAUCUUUCCUGGAAACGACACUUUUGAUAUUGAUCCAGAAAUUGAAACUGAUUGUUUUUAUGUAGAUCCUAUGCAGCCCUUUGAUACAGGAACAUUGGAAGAAAUGAAACUCAACUUAACUCUGGACUUCCACAGGCUCCUGACUGUAGAGCUGCGGUUUAAGCUGAAGGCCAUCAAUCUGCAGACCGUCCGUCAUCAUGAGCUCCCUGACUGUUAUGACUUUACCCUGACUAUCAUCUUUGACAAUGAGGCGCACAGCGGAAGAAUUAAAAUCAGCCUUGACAAUGACAUUGCCAUCAGGGAAUGUAAAGAUUGGCACGUAUCCGGAUCGAUACAGAAGAAUACUCAUUACAUGAUGAUUUUCGACGCCUUUGUCAUCCUGACUUGCUUAGCCUCGUUAAUUCUCUGCACCCGGUCGGUGGUUAAAGGAAUUCAGCUCCAAAGGGAAUAUGUCGACUUCUUCCUCCUCCAUUUUAAAAAGGAAGUUUCCAUUACUGAUCAAAUGGCUUUUGUGAAUGGAUGGUACAUUUUGAUUAUUGUCAGUGACAUGUUGACUGUUGUUGGCUCGGUCCUGAAAAUGGAAAUCCAAGCUAAGAGCCUAACCAGUUAUGACGUCUGUAGCAUCCUUCUGGGGACCUCCACCAUGCUUGUGUGGCUCGGAGUCAUUCGCUACCUGGGCUUCUUCCAGAAGUACAACCUCCUCAUUCUGACUCUUCAGGCAGCAUUACCCAAUGUGAUUCGAUUCUGCUGCUGCGCCGCCAUGAUCUAUCUGGGCUACUGCUUCUGCGGCUGGAUCGUCUUGGGACCUUACCACGUGAAGUUCCGGUCCCUGAACAUGGUCUCCGAAUGCCUUUUUUCUCUCAUAAAUGGAGAUGACAUGUUUGCCACAUUUGCAAAAAUGCAGCAAAAAAGUUACUUGGUUUGGUUGUUUAGUCGGAUCUACCUCUACUCUUUCAUCAGCCUCUUUAUCUACAUGGUUUUAAGUCUCUUCAUUGCCUUGAUUACUGACACCUACGAAACAAUCAAGCAUUACCAACAAGAUGGCUUUCCGGAGACUGAACUGCACACAUUUAUGUCUGAAUGCAAAGAUCUGCCCAACUCUGGUAGAUACAGGUUGGAAGAGGAGACCAGGAAGUCGCUCUUCUGCUGUUGUAAAUAG